UAAAACCAACUAGUAUAAUACCCUAUUGGUUUAAUGAAGUUUGUGCGGAAAUUAAUAAUAGAUGGGAAGAAAUAACUCAGUCAGCUGACGUUAAUCCAUUUAAUCGAACACAACCUAUAGCCCCAGAGAUAAUUAAGAAACAACUAAUGGUAGCAACUAGUUUUAAAAACCAAGUAUUAAUAGAUGUGAUGGAUGAUAUUAGAGGUUCUCCUAUAGCACCUUGUGAUAGAUGUGAAUUUAAUGAAGUACGAACCAAGGGACUUAUUACACAAGAUAAAGGUGAUAAAUUGAAGGGAUGUAUAUUUGAUGUAAAUAUGGAUGACAUAUAUACUUUACCAUGUCAGAAAUCGGUGGUAUCCCUUAGUAACAAAAAUGAUCAUAGACAACGUAACAGACUAUUAUUAUCAUUUUUUUCAAUAAACACAUUUAUUAAACAAAGUAAAUCUUUGGAGCAAGAAAAUACAAUUCAAGAUAUAACACCGAGUAACAGUUAUUGGGAAGGAAUUUUAACCUUUCCUAUAGAUAUCCAAAAAAAAAUUGAUGAUAUACAAAUCUUACUUGUAAAUCAAAAAAACAUAAGUAUAUAUACCGAUGGAUCUCUAUUAUCAAAAGAUCAACUAAGAACAAAAUCUACACUACAAAUGGAUAAAAGUAAAGUAAUGAGCUUUGGAAUUACAUUUGACAUUUCAGAAAUAGACAUCCCAAUAGAUAUCUGUAGAAGGAUAGAAGGUCCCCCUUCAUCUACUAGGGCAGAAUUAUGGACUAUUUUAGUAGCAAUAUAUGUCAUCCCUAAUAUGAC